AUGGUCUCCGCUACUCCUUUCCGCCGCGCCGAGUUCAAGAGCGCCUACGGCCCCAAUUACCAGUUCCAGCCCAACUUCCGCGGCUGGUCCGGUCAGACUCUGUUUCGCACCUCUUUCCGCUUGGCCCUGUUCGGCGGCGCCGCUGGUGUCGCUGCUCUUCUCUUCACUUCUGGCAUUCCCCGCAUUCAGCGUGAUAUCCUCGACAAGAUUCCCGGCAUGGCCAAGUUCUACGAGAAGGAGGUCCACCCCCAGGAUAACCCUUUCUAA